GGUCACUGUACUCGUUUGAUGAAAAUUUUUUGAUAACAUCACUGAUGUGCGCAUGUUUGCGGAUUGCGGAAGAUUUCAAGAUGGCGGCCGCUGGGAGUCGUUUGCCCCAACUGCACAAAGGGCUUAAACUUACAAAAGCUGAAAGAAAGAUGAUGAAAAAACAAAAUAAAGCACUUCACACGCUGAAGAAUAGAGCACGAGAAAUAGGCGGGAUAUCUGAGAUUCCUACACCGUAUUUGUUGGUGAAAAAUGGCGGAUUAAUGUGUGGAGUAAACAGACAAGACUUGGUCAAUGUCUUUGAUAAAUGUGGAAAACUGGACGAUCUAAUCAUGAUUCCUGGAAAAUCAUUUAGUUACGUGCUGUUUUCUGAUGUCACAAGUGCUAAGGAGGCAAUGAAAAAUAUAAAUGGCCAAAAAUUACCUUUGAACCAAACAAGUGAUAGGACAUUUUAUCUGGCAUAUUUAUUGAAAAGACCUUGUGCAGCAUUGUGUUUGUCAGAUAAAUCUUACCCGUCAGGAAUGAUUCUCAUUGAAGAUUUCAUCAGUGAACAUCUAGAACAUGAAUUGUUGCAGUAUUUUUCAAGUUGUAAGGAGACAGUCAGUUCUAAUGAAAUGAAUGUACCAGGUAUGAAAAGGAUCCAUCUCAGUCAAGGAGGUGCAUGUAGAAAUUUUAGAUCUGUCCAUGACCAGAUAGUAUUGAGCCCAAAUCCUGCAAUGAAUACCAGCUAAAAUAAUACUACGUAAAUUUUAUUAGUUUUCAAGCAAAUUCUCAGGAAUUUGAGAUGCUUAGGAGGGCCGGCCGAUUCUUUUCAUACAUGUGAAGCGUGACAUAUGGUUAUUAUGUGAAACUGUUGAUUGGCUCUUGAUUUUAAUAACCAAGAACAGUUGAUGCCAUAAUUAACCCACUAAUUAAUAGCCUGGGUGCACCGGAUAGUCAUUUUUACUAUCCGGCCGGAUACCGGACUUGCCGGAUAUCUGAAAAAAAUCCGGCCGGAUAUUUUAUCAAUUUGAAUACUUGACAUAUAAUAUAUAUUUAUAAUGAUUUUUUCAUCCAUGUAUUAGUGUAGAAGGUGACACUAUUUUUGAGUAAAUAAUCAAUUGUGGUUAACAAAAAAUCUGUCUUUGACUUUUUCUACAGUUCACAUGUUUCUGAAAAGCAAUGUGAUUUAGUCGAUGUGAUUUAGUACAGCUUUUGGUGCCAUACCCUGCAAAUAGUUUAUUAAUUAAUUCAAUUAAUUAUAUCAGUGGCUAGCUUUUUCACAUGUCCUUUUUUGGGGUUUAUUUUUUUAGUAUUUUUUAUGUUUUAACUAACGGAAAUUUAGUUCAAUUCAUGAAAAACAAAUUAUCCGGUAUCCAACCGGAUAAUAGCAAAUAUCCGGCCGGAUAGUAUAAUUGUGUCAUUAUUCGGCCGGAUAAUCCGCCCGGAUACUAUAUCCGGUGCACCCCUACUAUUAAAUUAACUCUCCCCUUGACAAGUAAAAUUGUCUGGCAUUAGGCAAAAAAUACUAAAGUAUGGCACAUUGAGGUGUAAUGCAAUCUGAGCUCUUUUAUUCUAUGAGCUUUUAACUGCCAUUUUGCAGCCUUCAACAGGUAAGUUAAAAUAAAUAAAUAUUUUGAACCAGUGAGCCAACAACUCAAUCUGAAUAAUACUGGUUUUCAGGGUUCAGAUUAACAGUGUGCAAUUAUGCAAAAUUUUGCACAUCGUUCUGGACCAAAUAGUGAAAAUUGCACAUCAGUUGGCCAAACGAUGUGAAAAAAAAAUCAGACUUGGGACUAUUAAUGAACCUCCAUCCAUAUUUAUAGAUUUAAACAAAGCCAAUCUGUUGUAAACAAUCUGUUUAUAAAUAAUUAUUUUAAAAAUAAUUUAUAAACAAGUACUUUUGCUUGCACACUAGCAGCAUGUUUGCAGACUGGAAGGUGUAAAAUUUGACUGACAAACACAUUGUCUGGUUAAAUCUUAUGUGUUCGGUUUGUAUAUCAAAGAUUGCAAGCAAUGUUUAAAAAGUAUUCAAAUAAUUAAAUUAUUGCAGUUUGGUUGAGUAUAUAAAAAUUUAGAUAAAUAUAAUUUUUUUCCAACUAUUAUUCGAACCCUUCAAACAUCCUCAAAAGCUGAAUUGGCCUCUGGACAUACCAAGAGUUCCCCCUUUCACACAGCACUAAUUUUCUUAGUAGGGAAGUGUGGAUUUUUCUGGAAAGACCAAUAAUCACCAUAUACUGUAACACUACUGUAACUACCAUAAUACAACAGUGAGGAUAUUCUCCUCAUCAGGCAUCUCUAUGGGUUAUAAGCUGUGAAUGGGUACAUAGUUUAAUAGUUUUCCAAUCCACCCGAUUCCCUAGAGAUGCCUGUGGAGGAACCUAAGUGAAGCCUGUUUUCCACUAAGCGAAUUUGUUCGUGCUAAGUGAAGCAAAAAAGUUUUGGCAAUGUGUUUGGUAAGCUAGUGAAAACAAUUUGCCGGGGAAAAGUUGGAUCAGUUCCUACUGUUUUACUUGUUGCUUUACUUUGCACAAAUAAUUUCGCCUGGUGGAGAACAGGCUUACUGAGAAUGUGUAUAAGAAUGAAAUGUGUAAGUUUUCGGAAUACAAUUAAUUUAAAUUGUUUUUUUUUUUCAUUUCAAUCGUUCUAGCUGAACAGCAGUUAAAGCACAGAUAUGUAAAACAUUAUGGUUAUGAAUUUAUAUAUGGUUCAAAUAAUGUGGACAAAGACAACCCAUUACCAAAUGGAAUUCCAAGUGAAUGUUUGCCAGUUAUGGAAAAGCUUGUUUCACUUGGUUGUGUCAAGCAUGAACCAGAUCAACUAACAGUUAAUGAAUAUCAGCCUGGUCAAGGCAAGUAAAUCCAAACUACUUUAAUUCAAAAUUUUCUGGGCAUAUAUAAAUCCUAACACAUCCUCAGCAACAUACAGUAUUUAUAACUUAUCUGUUUACUCAUUUUUGGUCAGGAAAACGAUGUUUAAUUUUUAAACGAUAUAAUAUAAUAUGUGCUGUCUGAUAUAGUAUGUACUUUUGUAUUAGUCCUGGU